GGCAAAAAAAAGAGAGAGAGAACAACAGUGGCGGACCUCCCGGCUCUCACCGUGCCCAUCUUCGCCGCUGAUCUCCCGCCCGGUAGCUGCGGGGUUCUGCCUCCCGACGGACACUAUUGAUAGUGGCGGCGUUUGCCUUGUCUCUGACAUAUUACCGGUUCUGAAGUUAUGGGGGCUCCGUUCGAGGGAAUAGUAAAAGAUUUCAAGGGGAGGGCAGCCUGCUAUAAGCAGGACUGGAUAUGUGCACUAUGUUCGGGCGUCAGGAUUUUAGCUCCUACUAUGUACAUAUUCUUCGCCUCUGCCAUUCCUGUCAUUGCCUUCGGGGAGCAAUUUAGUAGGGAUACAGGUGGAAGACUGAGCACAGUGGAAUCAUUAGCCUCAACCGCGAUUUGUGGAAUUAUCCACUCGAUAUUUGGGGGACAGCCUUUGCUGAUUUUAGGAGUGGCAGAACCAACAGUUAUAAUGUACACUUACUUGUACGGUUUCAGCAAAGGCCGGCCGGAUUUAGGAGCCGAGCUCUUUUUAGCCUGGGCUGGAUGGGUUUGCAUUUGGUCGGGAUUCUUCUUGAUUCUCCUUGCAAUCUUUAAUGCUUGCGACAUUAUCACCAAAUUUACAAGAGUUGCGGGGGAACUGUUUGGCAUGCUUAUUGCUGUUCUUUUCUUCCAAGAGGCAAUAAAGGGAUUGAUCAGCGAGUUCAAGGCUCCCAAAUCAGAAAAUCCAGAGCCAUUGGACUUAAAAUUUGAAUGGUUGUAUGCAAAUGGGUUGCUUGCCAUCAUUUUUGCCAACGGGGUACUCUUUUCAGCCCUGAAAAGCAGACAUGCGAGAUCGUGGAAAUAUGGCACUGGCUGGUUUCGCAGUUUCAUUGCAGAGUAUGGGGUUCCACUUGUGAUCGUGUUAUGGACAGCAUUAUCUUAUGGAGUCCCCAGCAAAGCUCCAGAUGGAGUUCCGAGGAGACUCUUUUGUCCAUUACCUUGGGAGCCGGCUUCAAUGUACCAUUGGACUGUAGCCAAGGACAUGGGGAAGGUUCCAAUGAUUUACAUCCUUGCUGCUGCUUUGCCAGCCCUGAUGAUAGCAGGCCUUUACUUUUUUGACCAUAGUGUUGCAUCACAAAUGGCGCAGCAGAAAGAGUUUAAUCUUCAAAAACCAUCUGCAUAUCAUUAUGAUGUCUUCUUGCUCGGGAUUAUGACUUUGAUUUGUGGAUUGCUGGGACUACCUCCUUCUAAUGGUGUCCUCCCACAGUCCCCAAUGCACACCAAGAGUCUCGCAGUGCUUAAACGGCAGAUAAUACGAAAAAAAAUGGUAAAGAGUGCAAAGGAAUGUAUAAAACUAAAAGCAAGCAACUCUGAAGUUUAUGGAAAGAUGCAGGCUGCGUUCACUGAAAUAGACGCAUCUCCAACUCCUAAAGAGCUUGAGACCUUGACGAAGGCAGUAAUGAGUGCUGAUGACAGUGAUCACAAGGGAAAAUUCGACGCCGAGAAAAAUAUAGAUCCUUAUUUGCCUGUUUGUGUGAACGAACAAAGGAUGAGCAACUUGCUGCAGUCCUUCCUUGUGGCCGCAUCAAUAUUUGCUGUCCCUAUAAUGAGAAUGAUACCCACUUCAGUUCUUUGGGGAUACUUUGCUUACAUGGCCAUUGAUAGUCUCCCAGGGAAUCAGUUCUGGGAAAGGUUGUUGUUACUGUUUAUCACACCGAGUCGGCGUUUCAAGGUCUUGGAGGGGUCUCAUUUAUCAUUCGUUGAAACCGUGCCAUUCAAAAUCAUUGCGUCGUUUACUCUCCUUCAGUUAGCAUAUUUCUUGUUGUGCUUUGGGAUAACGUGGAUACCUGUAGCUGGGAUCCUGUUCCCACUGCCAUUUUUCCUCCUCAUUAGCAUAAGAGAGCAUGUGCUCCCCAAAUUCUUCCAGCAUAACCAUCUUCAAGAGCUAGAUGCCUCAGAGUAUGAGGAGAUUGCCGGAGCUCCACAUCGGAACCUCACAGUUACGGAUAAGGAGAUACGACCCGAUUCAAUUGCGGGCGAGAGUAACGAAGAAUACUAUGACGCCGAGAUCUUAGAUGAGAUGACAACUCAUAGAGGAGAACUAAAGCUUAGAACUGCAAGUUACAACGAAGAAAAGUUAUUUCAGGUUCAUCCUGAAAGUUCAACUCGAACACAGUGAAGCAUUUGGAGAUUAAUAGGAUACGAGAGUGUUUGAUCGAGCUCGAUACAACAACGAUUACGACGAUCAAUUACGAUCAAUACCAAAGAAUAUGGGGAAAGACAUUUUCUUCUCAUAUAGUGGCUGCUAACUUGAGGAAUACAUGAAAUUUUUACAUAAACCCAUUCGGGAUUAUAAGUACACAUGAAAGAAAGGAAGAUAUUGGAGAAGAUUCAAUUCAAGGUUUUAAGACAAACAUUUAUUUACAA